CCCCUUUAUAUCACAAGCUAUUUACUUUCAGUUUUAAAGCACCCGCUGUAUGCAAAGUAUCAGACCUGUCACUUAGACUCUGGCAAAAGAUGUCUGAUAUAACUGUAAGUCCACUUGAGAUAUUUUGCCUUGGAUCAAGCAUAGCAUUUGCUGGGUUAUUUUACUACCUUCGUGGACAAAAGCAAAAAGAAGUAGAUGAGCUACUGAAAAUACCCAGAUUCAAAGUUGGUGAGCAUCUAAAGCAAGUAUUAAAAACAGGUUCAGGAGGUAUGCUGUGUUAUGCUGUUGUAGAGGGCAAAGUACAGGCCAUAGGAGAACCUCUGCAAAGUGUAAACUUCGUUAGCUGUCUUGGCGUUCUACAGAAAAUUAUAAAAAAAGAACAAAAGAAAACAUGGAAUCCAUUAACAAGAACAUGGGUAUUUGGAGAAUAUACUGUGAAUGAAGUUGUCAACAGUGUUCCUUUUAAACUGGUGCCAUCAGCUGGGGAUAAUAAUGUAUCUGUCCAUGUUAUUAACCCAUUAAGUGCUGCAGGUCUUUAUCUUGAGCCUGUACGUGAGCUCACCCACAAAGCAAAAGAAGGCUUUCUGUAUUAUCUUAAUCAAUAUAUUUCCAAAGAAAAACCUAUUGGGAUCCUUGAAGUGGAGGAGAUGCUUCAGGUUGGGAGUACUGUGACUGGUAUCGGUGAACUUAUUUCUUCUGACAAUGUGAUAAAACUACAACCUCCAAGUAAUGGAAAAGAUUAUCUGCUGAUAGCUUCUGAUUUCAAAAGCUUUCUGAGUAAUCAGGAAACUGUAGUAAACAUGUGGAAAAUCUUCACUGCUGUAUGUGGACUGUUUGGUGCAAGCAUAUUUGCUGUCAUUGUUUAUAGAAUAUACCACCAGACAAAAAGACCAGAGAAAUAAUUUUUAUAAAUGCAUGUGUUGAUGUACUAUGCACUAAUUUAAUUUUCUAGUUUAUGUAAUGUAUUGGAGAUAUAGUCAAUCAGAAUCAAACAUUUUGAUUUCCAUAAAUUACACAUUUAUACUGUGAAAAAUAUGAUUGUGUACUCUAUAAAGUAAUUGGAAAAAGUCAUUUAUAUUUUUGUAAUAGCUUUGCUGGCAGUAAAGGGAUCUAAUGGAAAUACAAAUCAAAACUAUUGUGUGCAUACUACUAAACCAUUCAAAAUUGAUUGUAUUCUGCUAAAUAAAUGUUGAGAAGACUA